GAUAUUAACAUUCCCAAAGUUCAAAGUCUUCAUGAUAAGAGUUGUAUAAAGUCUGUUUACAGGUUGAUUUAGAGCUGUCUAACUGAUUGCUACAUUAGGAAUAUAAAGCAUUAAGGACUGUGGCAUUUAGUGUUAAAGGCAAGAAGACAGAGUAGGAAACAAGAAAAUGGAGAAGUCACUUGCUCAGCAUGCUGCCCUAAUUGUGGUCUCAAUUUUCCUUUUUGUUGUCACUGUUUUCUUUAGGGCUGCUUCCCACACACACUUCAUUCCUGGCUUGUUUACCUCAACAAUUGAGAAUGUUUCUGAAACCUACCCCCUUGAGGUCUCUCCUGACAACUGGAUAUUUAAAACAUGGAUCAUGAUUGAUGUGUGGAAUGGAUCAUGGCUCUUCUAUCUUUUCUCAACUCUGAUAAGAAGAAACAGAUUUGGUACACUCUGCUGCAACCCUCCCAUUCAUCCCCCAAGCUUUUAUUUACUUUGGAUUGGAAGUACAUGUCUGGAAAUUGGUGGUGUGUUUCUAGUUGAUCGACAUUUCAUGGCUGAAGCUCUGCUCAUUAAAGUUCUUGUGGUUCUUGCCAGUUUUACCAUGCUAUCUAUUUCCUAUUGGAAUGUAUAUGAAUAUGGCCAUAUUUUAAAAGACAGCAGCCCUACAGAAGUCUGGAAUAUUAGAUAUCUGGUACAAAAUGGACUGGCACUACAUGGAACAUGGAACUUGAUUGUCACACUUCUGAACCUGGGUAUUGUUUUGAGAUAUUCCAUCGGAAUGGAGAAUUCAGUUGUGAGCACUCUUGUACUUACCCUACUGCUCUGUGCAACACUGUUAUGGUUCCUGUUGGAAAAUGUCAUUUUUGAGAAGGAAAUGCGCUAUACCUUUACUGUCUACCCAGUAGUGAUUUUGGCUGCAGGAGCAAUGUUCACAAGAAACUAUAUUUACAACUAUAUUACCAAUAACACCAUUUAUUGUGGCGCCAUUAUGAUUAUUGCUGCUGUGGUCUGUAUAAUUCGAUUAAUAGCAACAUGCUUUUAUGAUGACAAAUACCGAGAAAGAACAGAUCCCUUUGGCAGAAGUAACAUCUCAAAGCAGGAUCUGAACAGCAAAUUUGGUAUUGUCAACCCACACUUUAUGAAAAAUUAGCUGGCAAAACUGCCCAAGUGUGAAACGCUGAAGCACAAGGAGAGGUAAUUUAAAAAAACUCCUUGUACUCUGCACUUUUCUAGAUGUGUUUAAGGCAAAAAAAGUACACUUGGAUUUGAGUUGUGGAUAAUAAUUAACAUAAUCUCUAAGCCAAAGGUGAACAAACUGGCAAAACAUGAACUUUGCUUGAACUGAGAUUAAGAUUUAGAUUAGAAGAGCUGUGGGGCAUGCAAGAGGAUAAAGGCCAUGAAACCCGCCAAAAAGAUAAAUAUCAAAAAUUGGCAAUUAUUUUCAAAAAUGCAUCUAUCGAUCAAGAUCUAUAUCUACCCUUUUAUGUAAAAACAUGUCACUUUUCCUGCACGUUAUUUUUUUUAAUUCCACACCUCUUCAUCUGCAGACUAUAGAAUACACUGUGCUUUUAGUUUCUCCUGAUCUGCUUCUUAAUGUAAUGCAAUGAGGUAAUUCAAAAAUAGCUGAGGGGUUCAAAUUAAUAUGUAUAUCUGUAUUGCCCAUUCUUCAGAAUUAAAAGUUGACAAUUUAAAUGCUGUAUUCUGGGUUUUUUUUCUAAACUAAACAGCUACA